AUGUUAAAGUUUGUUGCUGCCGUAAAGGAAAUUGUUGGUGAAGUUGAGUUUAUUUGGCUACAGAGGUCGGAAGUGGAAGACUCGGAGUACUAUUCAGAGGAGUUGGUCCGUGCCCCUGAUCCAGUCGAAGGUCUCCAUGUUGAUGGUGAAGGGAGCGAUGUAGGCGAGGAAGGGAGUGAGGGAUUUGAAGGUGACGAAGGUUUUGAAGAAGAGUCAGAGAUACAUGAUGAAUUUGGGGAUGAGUUCUAUGACAACUGGGAAGAAAGGGCAACUGAUGAAAUUGCUGAUCUAGGUUGUAUGAAUUUGAAGGAAAUCACAGUGGAAGAGAUUAAAAGUCUCCAUUUUCCGGAUCGGGAAGUCGCAUUUUUAUUCUACAACUUAUAUGCGAAAAUGAAUGGGUUUGUUGCUCGAAGGUAUAGGUCUCGGCGUAAUCUAAAUAACGAGAUGAUACAACAAUCUUUUGUAUGCUUCAGGCAGGGCUUUCGGAAGGCAAGAAUUUGUGAUGGAGUCGAAGUUGCUGAUCGGAAACGGGAGCCGAAGCCAGAGACUAGGUGUGGCUGUGAGGCAGAAAUGCGUGUCCAUAUCGACAAGGAUAGUGGCAGAUGGAUUGUAACAUACUUCCAGGAAGUUCAUAAUCACAAGAUGCUUGAGGACACACUUACUUUCAUGCUUUCAGGACAUAGAAGGAUGAACUCGGCGACAAUUGAUCAAAUGAAUAUGAUGUUAAAAGUCGGCAUCAAGACCCCACAGAUUUAUGCAUCGUUUGUGCAGACAGCAGGCGGGUGUGAAAAUGUUCCGUUUUUUAAGAGAGACAUGUACAACAGAAUUCACAACCAACGGAGGAUUAUUGGUGGGGAUGCAAGUGCGUGCCUUAUGUUGUUGCAACGUAUGAAAGUAGAAAAUCCGGGAAUGUUUGUUAGACACCUAGCGGACAAAGAAGGUCGUUUGGUGCAUUUAUUUUGGUGUGAUAACUGUAGUCAACUGGAUUAUGAAAUAUUUGGGGAUGUAUUAGUAUUUAAUGCGACAUAUUGCAAGAAUAAGUACAUGUGUCCGCUGGUGGUUUUCUCGGGGGUUAAUCAUCACAAUCAAACAAUCGUGUUUGCUGCUGCCCUUGUUGCGAAUGAGACAGAGGAAACAUAUAAGUGGCUACUGCAGCAAUUUUUAGAAGGCAUGAAGGGCAAGGCACCCAAAUGUGUCAUCACUGAUGGUCAUAGAGCCAUGAAGAAAGCAAUUGAAUCAAUUUUUCCAAAUUUGUAUCAUCGUCUAUGUGCAUGGCACUUACUCCGAAAUGCGACCUCAAACAAAAGCAAUCCUGUGUUCUCAUCUGAAUUCAAGAAAUGUAUGUUAUUUGACUAUGAAGUGGCAGAGUUCGAAGAGCACUGGAAUAAUGUGGUUUCUGAGCUAGGCCUACAAGAUAAUCCCUGGGUGUGUGAUCUAUAUGCUAGAAGACAUAUGUGGGCAACUGCACACAUCCGUGGUAAUUUCUUUGGGGGCUUCCAAACCACGUCAAGAUGUGAGGGGAUUCACUCUAUGCUCGGCAAUCAAAUGAGGUCCCGGGAAGCAUUCUCUGACUUACAAUCCACUGUUGGGGAGAUGGUACUACAAAGCCCUCUACGAUCGCUUGAAAGGUCUAUGCAUGUUCAGAUAUCUAUUCCCUAUUCCGGUCUGGAGAUUCUGCCCGAGAGUGGCGCGUUUCACAUUAUCGAAAUGGGUCAUUCUUCAAGUGUGGUCAAAAGAUACCCGUUCGAGGGUGAGGGCUUUCAUGGAAAAGGGACCGUUUUGCUGGGAUUCGAUGGUUACCUGCCGCAAUUGGAUGUUGAAUGA